CAGCCCGCCUCAGCCCGCCAGCCAGCAAGGUAGUUAAACAAACAUAAAAGCAAAAAACUCAAAUCUCAAUUUUGGAAUCUCAUAAAUAGUUAACAGAUCUGGUACGUAAAUACGUAAUCCCCGUAAAGAAUACUCCGUACUGUUCUUUUCCCCCCCCAGCCGCAUCCACCCCAUUAUUAUUGAUUAUAGUUGAUUGCAUGCCUUGUUUACAUGCAGAAAGUGGGCUGUCUGUCCCCAUCAAAGAACAUUCAAAUAGACUUUCUUCCAAGCACAUCUACAGCCGUGUCUUGCGUGAUGAUAACUAGCACCGUGUUGUUUGUUUCCUCCCCUCCCCUCCCCCAUGUCAUCAUCCACCUACCCUACCCUACCUACACGCCUAUUUCCGACACGCACCUCUCUCUCUCUUACCGCUCGCUUCUUCCCCUGCUCCCGCUAACAGCACUUGUUAGGCCAGCACCGCGUAUCCUAUCCUGCCUUAACCUCCUCCCCUACUAGACCCUCCCCCGACUUCUACUCUUCUGCCAUUACGCUGUCGGUUAUCCGGCUUGUUGCUUGCUCUCCUCCACAGAUGAAGCGGUGCGCAAGGGCUGAUUCCUCACGACUUGGAGUAUCCUGAGCAUCCCUCACCUCCACUUCACAAGAGCGUAUCACUACCAAAACAAAGACGGCCGCGAAACAAGUCACUCCUCGCACAAGAGUUCCUAUCACACUUCAUCGUUGUUCAUCGGAACUUGAAACGGUCUUGCCAUUUUCCCGGCUUCCACGGCCUGUGACCUUAUACUUGAUCGCAAUGUCCGCUGCAACAUCGGGAACUUCUCAAGUCAUUGUUCGCAGCCACUCCACAUCACGCCACAAUUCGUCAUAUCGACCUUCUACAGACCUCCCUCACAGAGCCCGAAGCACAGCUACGAGACCUUCACAGUCCCAUUCUCAUAGUAGAUCCAACUCCCGACCUCUCUCCUACGACCGGCCCCCCACUUCCAAUCCAAUUAACCCUGUUAACGUCGCGCGCCCAGCUACAUCUCGCCGAAGCUCUUCGAGGGAUCGUCCGCUGGAUACCACGCAACAAUAUCGGACUGAGACUUCACGGCCCCAUCGUCAAACUUCCUUUAGAACCAACCACGGUCGAGAUAGUGUCGACAUGGCUGGACCUGGAAACCCAGUGAAUCCUGCAAAUCCUCCAUCUAUACCCGCAGUGUCUGAUGGCCACUCAUACACCAACGGGGCCCACCAACGUGCUACUAAUGGUGUCUCUCAAAUGCCGCCGCAGUCAAAGCGGCGGACUACAAUCACCACCUCAAGUGGGCAAUGGGCACUUGGGAAGACAAUUGGUGCGGGGAGUAUGGGCAAGGUAAAACUUGCGAAGAACCUUGAGACAGGUGAACAGGUGGCUGUGAAGAUUAUUCCUAGGCAUUCGACCGAAGAGCAUCGCGGUAACCGUGAUGCGGAAAGGGCAGACCGCUCUAAAGAGAUACGGACAGCAAGAGAAGCAGCGAUUGUCACCCUUCUAAACCACCCCUAUGUAUGUGGGAUGCGAGAUGUCGUGCGGACAAAUUACCAUUGGUAUAUGUUGUUUGAAUACGUGAACGGAGGACAGAUGCUCGACUACAUCAUCUCCCAUGGAAAACUAAAAGAAAAGCAAGCCCGGAAGUUUGCGAGACAAAUCGCAAGUGCGCUUGACUACUGCCACAGAAACAGUAUUGUCCAUCGGGAUCUCAAAAUCGAAAAUAUUCUAAUCAGCAAGACGGGGGAUAUCAAGAUCAUCGACUUCGGACUCAGCAAUCUCUUCUCGCCUAAAAGCCAGCUGAAAACUUUCUGUGGUAGUCUGUAUUUUGCAGCACCCGAACUGCUACAAGCGCGGCAGUAUAUCGGUCCGGAGGUGGAUGUCUGGAGUUUCGGUAUUGUCCUUUAUGUUUUAGUCUGCGGGAAGGUUCCCUUUGACGAUCAAAGCAUGCCUCAGCUCCACGCAAAAAUCAAAAACGGGGUUGUCGAGUACCCCCAGGGACUUUCCUCAGAUUGCCGACACAUAAUAUCGCGAAUGCUGGUUACGGACCCGAAACAACGGGCUAGUUUGAAUGAGAUCAUAAACCACCCUUGGAUGACAAAAGGCUUCAGUGGACCCCCUGAUAAUUAUAUGCCUCAUCGUGAACCUCUCCAGCUUCCACUUGAUCCCGAGAUCGUCCAAAGAAUGACUGGAUUUGAUUUCGGCCCUCCUGAAUUUAUCGCAACUCAGUUGACCAAGGUUCUCGAGUCUGAUGACUACCAGAAUGUUGUGCGAUUAAGCCAAAGAGAGCAUUCUACUCCCAAUCCGGCAAAUGAGAAAAGGAGAGGGGUUUUUGAUUUUUACAAGCGUCGGAACUCUGCGAGUAAAGACACGCUUUCCAACCCGUCUGCUGAGGCGGUACAGUCAGCUGGUGACUUGCUUAAUGGCUAUAAUCCGUUGAUCUCCGUCUACAACCUUGUGCGGGAGAAACGAGACAGGGAGAGAAUUGAGGAGCGACCGGGUACACUAGCCAUCCCGCCUGGCCCUGGAGAACCCACACUGAAAAUGCCAGAAAUCCCAGCUCCAGAGGCUGCUCAUACUAACCAGCACGCUUAUGAGAUACCAGGUGAGAAGGCAACUGGCGGAAGGGCGCGACCAAGAGCACGAACCCAUGGCGACGAUGAGGUUAGAGAUGGAAUUAAGAAUCUCAAUAUAGGACAGGCAGUCGGAGCGGGAUCUCCACCCAUGGUAACUACACCGGUUGAGCACAUAAAGAAAGAAAGUGCUGCUGUCGGAUUAUUAAGACGUUUGAGCACUAGAAGAACACGGGAAAAACCAAGAGAUGCUGAUCGCGAAAAGGUUGCGACCCCCCAAGCACCUACCUUAAACAUUCAGCCCCCAGAGGACCUUGUCACUCCUCGAAAGAGUUUCAGUGUAAGAAGGCCGAGGCAUGAAAACACUCUUCCCGGUACUCUUCACUCUGGAGGAAGUCAGCCACAACAGCAAGAAUUACUGCGUGCUGUCCGGUCUGGAGAACCUACCCUCAGAACGAAAAGUGGUCUCGGGCGGUCAGCUAGCGUUAAUUCUGGCGAAAAUCGGAUCCGUAGGAAUGGGAGGAGAGGCUUGGUCGAUGGUGCUGUUUCGCAACCCAUGCAAGAUCCACCCUUGACCAGUGGAUCUGACCGCUCCAGUUUGAACAUGCCAAAAUCGCGCCUGCAGCAGAAUGAUCAGUCUGGCCAAGAUUCGAGGCCUAGCACACGCGUGCGGACAUUGAGAACAAAAUCACUCGGUCAUGCGAGACGUGAAAGUAUCCAGGCCCGACGAGCGCGUCGAGAAGAAACUCGGGAGGCAAAUGUACCUGAGGAGACCGACGCUGAACUGAGUGGUGCUGGGACUGCACUGGAGAACGCAAACGCAGGAGAAGACUUCUCAAAGCCUGUCUUUUUGAAGGGCCUGUUCAGUGUUUCCACAACUAGCAGCAAACCUCUCCCCUUCAUCCGUGCAGACAUCAUGAGAGUUCUGAAACAGCUUGGAGUUGAAUUCGCGGAAAUCAAAGGUGGAUUUAGCUGUCGUCACGCCCCAAGCAUCGACCUUAACCGUGUUAUGGAUGUCCGCCCGCCCAGCCCAGAGCGGGAUGGGAAAGUAGGUGGCCACCGCCGGCGGAUCAGCUUCGGCGGACUGCGGGCCCACGACAAAGAUGAGAACCGGGAUGAGCAUAAAUACUCAAACCCUUCGAGAACUCCACGCCGCCAACAAGGGCCUCCGGAUCGAAGUUUUAUCACCAAUUCCGAUGGUUCUGACGAGUACAUGACUGCUCGUGAUAAUUACGGCGGCGGCGAGCGCGUCGUUGGCGAAACGACCACCAGAAUCCAAAGCGAUACUGGGAGCAACCUCGUGCUCAAGUUUGAGAUAUUGAUUGUCAAAGUCCCCCUCUUCUCACUACAUGGUAUCCAGUUCAAGAAGGUGGCAGGGGGCAUGUGGCAGUAUCGAGAAAUGGCGAAAAAGAUUCUUGACGCUCUGAGGCUUUAGGUGCCGACCUCAUCCUUUCCCCACCGACGAAGGAAAUGCGUCGACAAAAUAGUGCUUGCCUUACUAUGCACCGCCGUACUACGUCCGUUUGCCAAACCCUUGUCAUUUACCUUUUUUUCGCUUUUUUCUUUUCCUUUUUCUUUUCUAUUUCGGUUAUGCAUAAUAUUUAUUUCGACAUUGGUGCGCCUCCUGCCUGAUUUAAUGUAUAUCUACUCAAUUUCUGCUGCACCUUGUGCAUUUACCAAUUACGCCCCAGCGAGCUCCUUGGUGGUUGUCCUCCUUUGAUCUGGUUUUUUCCUGCCUCUUUUCACCUACUUAAUUAUUCUCCUUCUCUUUGUUUUCGCCUUCAUGCCACAAAUCUUUGAUGAGGAACACACUGAUGAACUCUGUCAUUGACUUAUGAUGGUUUUUUUACUAUUUCUUUUGUCUUUUGUCUUUUUUUUUUUUUUUUUUUUUUU